CGGAGGAGGGCUGAGGAACAGACUGCCGGGGUUGUCCGCUCCUGCGAGCCGGGGAGUCCUUGUUGUUCCUCCGGGUCGCUCCGUCCCCGAGAAGAGAGGCCGCCGCCACGGCUGGGAAGGGGCCGCCGGCGGCCAAUGCGAAAUUGGCUGGUGCUUCUGUGCCCGUGUGCGGUCGGGGUCGUGCUGCACCUCUGGCUGCUGCUGCUCAGCUGUCCAGCCGGUGGCCCCGGGAAGCACCACCCGGCAGGUAGGGAGGGAGGCAGCCACGCAGCCCGCCUUGGUGUCGAGCGCCUUCGCCGGAGGGGAGGUGGGCGCAUCUGUCGGAAGGGGACGUGGCACCCUUGUCCUCCCUGCCGCGCGGUAGAUAAUGGAGGAAAGAAGAAGCAGGUAUAUGGGAAGAGUUCGGUUGGCCAGGGGAGGAAUCCAGAUGGAAAUCAAAGACUAACUGGAUCAGGUCUAUUGGCUAUCUUCCCUCACUGGAAACCGAAGCAUUAUGAUGUCAUUGUAGGGGUACUGUCUGCAAGACACAAUGAAGAGUUGCGUAAUGUUAUAAGAAGCACUUGGUUCAGGCAUUUGAAGCAACAUCCAGGAUUAAAUCAACGUGUCCUUGUGAAGUUCAUAAUUGGUUCACGUGGAUGUGGUGUGCCAGUGGAAGAUCGAGAAGAUCCUUAUUCAUGCAAACUUCUUAAUAUCACCAAUCCAGUCCUGAAUCAAGAAAUUGAAGCAUUCACUUUACCUGAGGUUGAUACUUCAGUGCUUUCUGAAGAAAAAAUUGUCAGUGUACAUUUCAAAGUCCUUUACCCGAUCAUUAUCACAAGUCUUGGGGUUUUCUAUGAUGCUAAGGAUACAGGAUUCCAGAGAAACAUCACAGUGAAACUGUUCCAGGCAGAACAGGAGGAGGCACUCUUCAGUGCUCGUUUUAGUCCUCCUAGUUGUGGAGUACAAGUGAAUAGACUUUGGUACAAACCUGUAGAACAGUUCAUUCUGCCUGAGAGUUUUGAAGGCACUAUUGUGUGGGAAAGCCAGGAUCUUCAAGGCCUUGUGUCUAGAAAUCUUCAUAAAGUGAUGGUGAAUGAUGGAGGAGGCGUCUUCAGAAUCACUACGGCAGGGGAAGGAUCAUUGCCCCAUGAAUUUACACAAGGCGUGGAGGGGAUUGCAGGUGGUUUUAUUUACACAAUUCAAGAAGGAGAGUCCCUUUUACAAAGCUUGCAGAGUCGCCCUGAAAGGAUUAUGCAUCAUGUAAAUAAACUUGAAGAGGAAGAUGCCUUACUGAAGGAUGAAAGCAACACUUAUGAUGAUAUUGUUUUUGUUGAUGUUGUUGACACAUACAGAAAUGUUCCAGCUAAAUUAUUAAACUUCUAUCGAUGGACAGUAGAAGCGGCAAGCUUUAACGUGUUGUUGAAAACCGACGAUGACUGCUACAUAGAUUUAGAGGCGGUGUUCAACAGAAUAAAGCUUAAAAACUUGGGCAGACCAAAUACUUGGUGGGGAAAUUUCAGAUUAAAUUGGGCAGUUGAUCGGACAGGGAAGUGGCAAGAACUGGAGUAUCCAAGCCCUGCAUAUCCAGCCUUUGCUUGUGGGUCUGGUUACGUUAUCUCCAAAGACAUUGUAGAAUGGCUUGCAAGCAAUUCAGAGAGACUAAAGAUAUAUCAGGGUGAAGAUGUGAGUAUGGGCAUUUGGAUGGCAGCAAUUGGGCCGAAACGAUAUCAGGACAGUUUGUGGUUAUGUGAGAAGACCUGUGAGAGUGGUAUGCUAUCAUCUCCUCAGUACUCUCCUCAAGAACUUACAGAUCUGUGGAGACUAAAAGAACUUUGUGGAGAUCCCUGUAAAUGCGAAGACAGUUGAAGAUUUGACAAAACAGCAGAGCUUCAUCAUCUGAACAGUGUCUAACAGUACAGAAGUUUUCAGUUAUGCAUUAGAUAGGGGAAAUCUCAUAAGGCAGCUUCUCACGGAGAAAUCUUCUCCAUACAAUUGUAGAUUGACACUUCUCAUGAAUGCACCAGUGUCUGUCAGUAUCAUUUAGUCCCCCCAAUAUGGUUAUAGACAUUGAGAUGUGUACAUUCACUGCUGAUGGCAAACUACUUAUAUUUAUCUUUCAGAUAGUUAAUUUCUCAUGUGAACUGGCCCUUUAUUGCAAUGUUUGCACAUCCCUUCAGUUUUUUAAAGGGAUAUUCUCUACUUUCUGUAUUCACUGUUUAUCAAACCGGGGCCCAGAAACCUACAGGGAACUAUAAGUUCAUUGUAAAGACAGAGAAAGUGCGCUUCUGAGGCCACCCAGCUAAUGUAAAAACAGAGUGCCAGUCGCGUAGCUACCACAGGGUGGGGGUGUGCCAUUGGGGUCACGUGGGGUGUGGAAAAUCACUCACACACCCUUCCCCCUUUGCCCUUCCAGGCCUGGCAGAAGCUGCUGCCGAGCCCACCUCACCAGGCCAAGCCUGGCGGAGGCUGCUGCUGGGUCAAGCCUGGCAGGGCUGGGCUGUGGGGCUGGGCAAAGGCCCAGCCAAGCUGUUUUUUCAGCUCUUUGCAGCCAGCUGAACUAAGGUAAGUGGGGGUGGGGCCCUGCAG